AUGUCCCAUAAGAAGAUUCCGCUAUUGCGCUUGCAGCCUGAAAAGGAGCUGUUUUUCAAAGGCCCCUUUACUGAUGUUGUCGUAGCCAAACUCAACAUCAAAAAUGAUCAAACAUUUGAUAUGUGCUUUAAGGUAUCAUUGACGAGGCCGGAGCAGUACUACACCCGCUAUACGAGAUGGACGAUUUUUUCGACCCAUUUAGCAACUAUCGAUGUAGCUCUUCUGCCAUUCGAGUACGAACCAAUGGUGGAAUCCAAUGACGAAAUAAUUAUUCAGUGCAUUGUCAAACCGGUUGACAAAGAAAAUGACCAAGUGCUAGCCUCAGUUGAAAAAAUGGACUCCAUGCUCAAGUGCAUAUUCAAAGCGCCUGGAUUGUCAGCGUCGGCGGUGCUGGAGCCCAAUGGAGGUGCAACGUAA